AUGAACCGUGAUUCUCCCAGGGCACGCGAUGACGUUGGCAAGCCUGUCCUCCUGCAGAUGGAGGAAGACUGGACUCCGAUGCAUGUAGGGAAGACCUUGAAGGAAUACAUGGAAGAGUUAUGGCUCUACACACACACCGAUGUUGAGGAUCUCCCUGAACCCCCGUGGGAUGCACUCGGUGAUAUCGCAUGCAAAUUAGUUGCUGCGGAUUGGCGAGGAUCUGUAGGCGACCCAGUGAAGAUGAAGCCUGCACAGGUCAUGGCACUAUACCUCUGA